AUGUCGUUCGGCAAACUAUACCACUACCCGAAUGCGCCGCGCGCGACCAUGUGUUUGGUCGUUGCCGCCUUGAACGGGCUCAACGUCGAACUGGUCGAGGCCUGGCCCAUCAAGGUCGACCCGUCCAAGGGCGGCGUGGGCGAUACCUAUCUUGCCAAGUUCCCCACGGGCAAAGUCCCGGCCUUGGAGCGACCAGAUGGAUAUACAGUGUAUGAAUGUAUCGCUGUGGCAUAUUACCUGGCCAAGCAAAACCCCAAAACAACACUCCUAGGCACAUCGCUCGAAGAAGAAUCGUCAAUUCUCCAAUGGGCCUCGUUCGCCAACAGCGAGCUGCUCCCGCCCAUCAUGGCCUGGAUCAAUCCCGUCGUGGGUAAAGCGCCCUCGAGCCCCGAAAUCCUCGCCGCCGCCGAGGCCAACAAUGAGAAACUCAUUUCCGUGCUCGAGAAGACGCUGCACGGCAAAAAGUAUCUGGUCGGUGAUAAUCUCACGUUGGCCGAUCUGUUUGUCGUCGCGGCGCUUGCUCGUGGAUAUCAAUUUAUCUUCACGAAAAAGUUCGCCGAGGCGCAUCCCAACAUCCACGAGUAUUAUCUCCGCGUGCGCUCCAUUCCGGAAUAUGUCAAGACGAAUGGAGAAGCGUAUGUAUUGGACGAGAUUGCCUUUAAGAAAUAAUUUUGAUGAUGCAUAUAUUGGGAAGAAAAAAGGGAUAUUUGGCAUUUUGUUAUUUAGCGAACAUGUAGAAUGAUUUAAUUCUCUUGUCAUAUGAGGG